AUGAACACGUCGAAGAGCCCGUGGGGCCCAGACCCUCAAGCUGGUCGAAACACCAGACGCCGGUUGUGGGACUCGAGUCCGGUUUGGGCAUUUUCGAAGGUGGCCAGCUCGCCGGUUGGCGUGAUCCGAAUCAGCUCGAACAUUCGGUGCCAAAUCGCGACUCCAGGAGAAGGAGAAGAAGAAGAAGAAGAAGAAAAAGGAGGAGGAGGAGGAGGUGUCAAAUGGGUCUGGUACACUUUGUCACAGUCUCCUCAAAUACUCGCACCCUCGUGGAGUCUGACGGAGUCUGGCCGGUCUGCAUUAGAAGUCCGAGGCUGUGCAGCGAUCGGAUUGGUCGAUUUGCGCGUCUUGGACCCCGCUGCGAUCCCCACGCGACUCGAGCCCUCAGGCUGUGGCCUCCGAGACGGACACGUCAGCCGCCAGGUCACAGGACUGCAACAGCGUUGUUCUCCGUCGUCGGGUGGUGGCGAUUCCGAGUCUGCAUGCACCGGUUCAGGGCUCGAGGCCCGUUUCAGGUGA